AUGGAGAGCCUGAAGAGGUACUGGCGGAGGAGAAAGUACCAGAGACUUCAUGGGUCAACGAAGAAGAAGCUAAAGCUGGCAAGGCUAGGAGCUGGAGCCCGACGGCUAUGGAGGAUGAGAAGAAUUCCGAAGCUGAAACUGGCUUCUCCGAUCAAAGUUCUGGCCAAGUUUCACGACGCUUAUAUCGAUAUGAUGAUUCGUUUGGUUACGAAUCUUGGGAAGGCUAAUCAAAACGGUUCGUUUAGAGGCAACAAGGUUGCAAAGGAACGGGACCUUACGGUGUCGUAUUGUGGAGAUGAAGUGGUGGAUAGUAGGUUAGUGUUGGAAAUUUAUAAGAGAUUAGCUGCUAAUCGUGAACUGGGAACUUCUUAA